ACGUUAGCUUGUUUGAGCUGGUUUUGGACGGAUGUUGUCCCGUUUUAAACAGCACCUUGACAGGUUCAAGUCCGCCUCACUCGGUUAGACACAUUAGUUUCAUACAUCAUGACGUUUUGAAUGUGCAGUUCUCGUUGGAGCUGUUUCGGUGGAGGUGUCGAUGUUCAGCUGCUGUGGUCGUUGUGUAGGUGUGGGGAAAACCACUCUGGUCCAGAAAGCGUGUGAGGCUCUAGUGUCGUCGGGAGUGCGAGUUGAAGGGUUUUGCACGGAGGAGGUCAGGGAGGGAGGCCGUAGAGUCGGCUUCGAUGUCGUCACCAUGACAGGAGAGAGGGGCCACCUGUCCAGAAUCAGAGACGACGCUGCUGCGUCUUGUGGAAGACGGGAAUACAUGGUCGGGCAGUAUGCGGUUGACCUGCCUUCGUUUGAAGGCCUGGCUCUCCCCCUCUUCAGAAAUGUCGGGGCAGUAGAUGGGGGCAGCAGGAAGGUGUUUGUCGUUGACGAAAUUGGCAAAAUGGAGCUUUUCAGCCAGUCGUUCAUCAGGGCAGUGAGGCAGACCCUUGAUAGCUCUGCCUGCACCAUCCUGGGCACCAUUCCCAUCCCCAAGGGGAAACCACUGGGUCUUGCGGAAGAGGUGCGGAGCAGGAGAGAUGUCAAGGUCUUUGCUGUGUCUAAGGAGAACAGAAAUGCUAUUCUACAAGACAUUUUAGCAACACUACAAGAAUGUCUGAAACACACAACAUAAUAUGAAGAUUCAAAACCUUGCGCAUUGUGUGUGUGCGUGUGUGGGGGGUUUUUUUUUUUGUGCUGACAGCAAGUUUUAUUUGUGUCAGUGCAUAUACAGCACACACAGGCAGACUAUGCAGUGGAUCUACACGCUCCUCAUAACAAGGUUGUGACCUAACCUGAAGGGCAUCCGAGUUGCUGAAAGAGUUAGUGUCACAUGCAUGCAUUUAUGGACACAAUUCAUUUUUUUUCCACCCUCAUACAGCCUCAAAAUGGAUUGCAUGCUGAAUAAUUGAUUGUGAGAUGGAACAGUUCAGUGGGGGAACUGUUCAGUUUGUGUGUAGACCCUGUGCUUUCAGUCAAAGACUGCUUAGUCUUCAAAACAACUGUUAUAUUAUUUUAUUUCGCCAUUGGAUUUGUGAAGACUCCAGCAGGCAUUUCAUAUUUUGAGUGUAUAAUAUUAAUUUGUCCAUAAGGACAAGUGGUGCUAUUUCAUUUCUGAGCAAACAAAGCAGCGUCGCAAUUCAUUUAUUUGGUUCUUUGUUAUGUGAGCCUCCCUCGUGUUUGUCUUGUCAACCCGAGGAUGCGCUCACUGAAAAUCAAUAAGUAUUUAAUGGUAAAGCCGAGUGUCCCAUGGCUCUCAUGGUUUAUUCAUCCACCAGCAUGAACCAAAAAAUGUAGAAAUAUACAGGUAUCGUUUUCCAACAAUAUGGUUUCAUUUCUUGUAGUCAGAGGUGGGGAUUGUUCAUUUGGUGAGCAGAUGUACAUGUUUUCAUACAGUUGAUAAUCUUCACUGUCAUCAUAUUCAGCAGUAGAAAUAAAUAUGUUUCACUUUU